AUGAAUGCUCGUCGGCCGACACCAACAUACAUGUUCCCCGACACCAACAUUGCUGUUCCCCGACACCAACAUUGCUAUUCCCCGACACCAACAUCUGUUCUCCGACUCGCGUUCCCCGACACCAACGUGACCCGCCAUGUCAGUGUUCAGGGAUGUAACGGGGGGAUCUACCAACCUUCAUCAGGGGCUUCCAGAGGAUUGGGAGAGAGGCCUUUUUGGUUACCAUUGCUGGGUAGCCUGAUACCGCACCUGGUUUUUGGUUGCAAGUCUUCCUUCUUUUUCGCUCCCACAGUCCUGCGUCAGGAAGGCAGACUGAGUGGGGACGAUGUGAAGCCCACGGUACCGCGCGACCGUAUUUUUUUUGAUUCGACCAAUCACCGCAUCGCUGCGGGAGUCCCAGCGGUGAAUGGCCUUCAAGAUGACCGAUCCUGUUUGGUACCCAAGCUGGGUCUCAGGUACACCAUGCCUGCCAUGUCCAAGAUCUCUUGCGCCGCCACUGGCGCUGUGGCUUUGAUGGCAGCUUCUGCUUUCGUGGCCCCACAGGGCACCCAGACCAGGCGAAAACCGCUUGGUCUGCAAACUCUGAGGGGCGCAGCCCCACAGGUGGAGCAGAAGUCCACAGGUGCAGAUCUUGGUGGUCUCAGUGGUAGCACCAUCCUCGGCGCGGCGGGUGUCGCCAGUGUGGCAAGCCUUUUGGGUGCGAUGUCCUUGGCGCGACCCAGCAGGAGCUCAGUGGUGCGUUGCGCCUACGAUGCCUCCAAGGAGAUUGGUGCCUGCGACCCCCUCCUCUUCUGGGAUCCCAUCGGCUACUGCGGUGGCGACUGCACCAAGGAGGACUUUGACCGACGAAGGGCCGUGGAACUGAAGCACGGCAGGAUCUGCAUGUUCGCCACCAUCGGUAUGCUGUGGCCAGAUGUGUUUGGCAAAUUCGAUGGCUACCUGUCUCCAUCGCAAGACUUGAAGUUCGCAGAUGUGCCAUCUGGCCUUGCAGCAAUCAGCAAGGUGCCUUUGGAGGGCUGGUUGCAGGUCCUGCUGGUGGCAGGUCUCAUUGAGACUCAGCUCUUCAAGGAUCAGUCCCUUGGUGGCUUCGCUUAUGGCAAGUACGGUGAGCCCGGCAACUUCGGCACCGGCUACUGGGGCAGGAAAAUCCAGGACCCUGCUGAGCGAAAGCUGAAGCUGACUACCGAGCUGAACAACGGCCGUUUGGCCAUGGUCGCCAUGACCGCUAUGCUCAUCCAGAACGGCCUCACGGGCCAGUCGCCAGUGGAGCAGCUGACCUCCGGUCACAUCUCUCCCUUCAACGACGGCCAGGGCUUCUUUGCGCAGUUCGACCCAUCCAAGGAGCUCAUGCGCAGCAGUGGCAGCAGUGGCAGUGACUUGCGCAACGAAAAUGAGCUGGGUGCCUGCCCACCUUUGGGCUACUGGGAUCCCUUCGGCAUGAUGGCUUUCCAGGACGAGGAGAAGUUCCGCCGCAACCGUGAGCUGGAGCUGAAGCACGGCAGGAUCUGCAUGGUUGCCGCCAUUGGCAUGAUCGUGCCAGACCUCUUCGGCCGAUUUGGCGGCUACCUUUCACCCUCCAUGGACUUGAAGUUCUCAGACAUCCCUUGCACCAUCGAGGCCAUCUACAAGGUGCCUGUUGCAGGAUGGCUCCAGAUCUUUGCCCUGGCUGGCGCCAUUGAGGCAGACCAAAUCACUGAAGUCUUUUUACCCACUCACGCCAUCAGCCUCCAUCAUUUGCAGGCGAAAAACUUGGCUUUCCCCACCAACUACGGAUACCCACCGUUCUGGGGCCAGAUCAACAAGCUUUCCCCUGAGGAGAAGCAGAAAAAGUUGUUGGCCGAAAUCAACAACGGACGUUUGGCUAUGAUGGCCAUGGCGGCCAUUGUGGCACAGAAUGGGGCCACUGGACAAUCCCUUGUGGAGCAGUUCACCACAGGCAACUUGAACCCAUUCAUUGGCGGCUAUGCCCAGGAGGACAGAGCAAACAAGGUGGCCAUGCGCGCGGGUGGCAACUCUGAGGCUCUGCCCUGGGCGCCAGUGCCUGAGGCCGUCGGCCUCACCAACGACAUCUUCGGGCCUUACGUGGGCGAUGCUGGCUUCGACCCUGCGGGCUUUGCAAAGAAUCAGCGAUUGCUCCCAUGGUACAGGGAGGCUGAGCUUGCACAUGGCCGCGUGUGCAUGCUUGCUACUCUGGGCUACACUGUCCAGACCUCCGGUGCGAAGUUUGAGCCUUUCAUCACUCGUUAUCCCACCGAUUCAGCGGAUCCCCUGAAGGCUGCAACCCAGGUCCCUAUCAUUGGCUGGUUGCAGAUCCUGGUGGUGAUUGCCCUGUCUGAACUGUGGAGAUAUGAGAAUGUCAUCACCAAGUACAGUGAAGGUGUGCAACCGGGAGACUUGGGCUGGAAUCCAACUGCCCCCAUGAGCAGCAAGCGACCCAAGUGGUUUGGACCAACCUUCACCGCCAACUACAAGCCAGAGGAGUGGAACAACAUGCGCUUGAGGGAGAUCAAGCACUGCCGAUUAGCAAUGGUGGGCUUUUUCUUCAUGGUGCUCACCAACGCAUCGACAGGUCAGGGUCCUUCGCUGAUCCCCAACUUCACCCAAGCCGAGUUCCAGUCCACCGUGGGUGACUUCAUCCCAAAAGGUCUCUGA